AUGGCGACGAACCAAUCUCCACAGGCGAGGAAGCUGACCGACGUACUCCUUCCGCUAAGCAAGAGCGCUUACCAAGCUGAGCAAAACGGACAAUGGUUGGAAGCUCUGGAUCUCCAUCAAAAAGCGUCCCAGGACUAUGCCGCUUACACCAAGAGCGGGACCAAGGGCUUGGCACACGGCUGCGCGAAGCUCUACAAGGCAUAUUCCGACCGUCGUCGACGGCUGCACGACGAACGCAUCAUGUACAUCCAGCCCUGGGCCAGAGGGGGUCGACCUGCGCCGGAGAUGGUCAUCAUGCAUCCCUCAGCUGACCUGACUUUGCGCGGAUACUCUGAGGAAGUGGAUGUGGCGGAUUUGCUCAAUGGUGUGGUACAUCACGAAGCCCUGGCGUUGACCAACCAACAAGUUAGCAAUCCCUACGCCACGGGCCUGCCAAGCUAUUCAGCACAACUGCCGACUGGCCUUCCCCCCAGGGAAUACAAGCUCAUGCGCACCACAGAAGUCUCUGCCUACCUGCAUAUGGAGCUCGUCGUAGCCACUGUCACAGAAAGCCGCACCUCCCAGACCCUGCUCAUCCUGGAGACGUGGGUCGCGCCUCACGGCAAAGUACCCCAGAUCCGCGAGGCCUUUGUCUACCGAGCAGCCGACUACCCGAUUCCCGCGUUCCACCACGUCCACAACCACGACCACUACCCGGACCCCAACAUGAGCGGGAUGUGGAUGACGGCCGCUUUUCCGACCAUGAUCUACGGCUUGCCUAUUCCGCACAGCUAUCCAGCCGAGAAUAUAGACAACAGCGGCGACGAUGCUGCCGCCGCCGCUGCUGCUGCUGCUGCUGCUGCGCUCCAACGCCGCCGCGCCGCAAGCUCGAUAGUGACCGAGAUCCCCGACCGUCCCGGCUACGGAGGCGCCAUGCGCUUCACCUUUGGCGGCCGGCAGUUCGUCAGGAAGCCGCCGGACGGGAAAUGGGCCUGCUGGUGGCACCGGCACGUCCUGCGCGAGUUCACCACCGUGACACCCCACCCGGGGAGCAAGACGGGCAAGAGGUCUGACGACGCCAGCGACGUGAAGCUCAUGUGGCUCGAGGCCACGGAAGGGAAAAUCGCCGCCUCGCGGGGCAAGGUGUCGGCAUACGUCGCCGCGGGGCUCGACCCGCUGUUCAAGGAGUACGUGCUGGCGGCGACGCUGAUGAGGAUCGUGGCGGCCAAUCGGGGACUCGAAGGCGGAGCGCCGCGGCUGGAUGGGGACCCGACGAUUGUCGAUCAGAUGAUCGUGAGCAAUGCUGCGAGUUUUGUACUGUCGACGUUGUUUGGGCUGUUUUUGAGUGCCUGA